GGCCAGCUUUUUUCUCGCGAUUGUUUGACUUCGAACGUCAGCAUGGGAUUCGUAACAGAGCAAAUCAAUGGGCUCAACACUUCACUCUAUCGAGCCUUUUCGGACAACAUAAAGGAGCGCCCAAGGCGCUCCUCACUUAGCGAUAUGAACGAGGCUGUACGUACUGGAGACAAGCGCAAGUUUCUGUCUCUGGCAACCGAAGCCAUAGAUCUCUCUGGAUCAUCUUUACCAUCACCUAACGCACUAACAAAAUAUCUUAAUAUGUAUCGAGAGUUCCCAAAGGAUUCGAACGAUAAAGAACUGGAGCUGCUGCUAGUUGCCAAAUGCACUUUCGCUUUACAUGGCAUUAUUCAAGAAACGCUUUUGGAUUCAACCUUACCACUUUCGCAGUCAAUUCGAUACUGGAGUCGUAUCCAUGGAAAUUGGGGAAGAGAAACCUAUUAUGCAGUACAGACAACCCCAAUUCGUAUCUUUAGACUUGCUUCCAAGACUUUGCGCGAAGCACCAAUAGGGAUAUCCGCAUUACCCAACCAUAUAUCCAACCUAUCUAGAAAAGAUAUCAUCAAGCAGCUGUUUCCAUAUUACAGCCGGAUAGCCUCCACGCGACACAUCAUUCGUUCGGAAGUAUAUCACAAACGAUCCAAGCUCGUUGCCUUCAAAAAUCAACAAGCUGCACGUUUGGGACUACUCAUUCAGAAAAAGCCCCAGAUAGACCCUCAGUCCGAUUUUGAUACCUCUUACAAACAAGUGAAUGCCAAUCUCAACUUGCUGGUGCAUAUUUUGAACGAAAUCAGUGGUAUGAAUGCUGAAAAGGCAUUAUGCCAUGAUCAUCAGAUGGAUAAACUACUAAGCUACGAUUUUAAUGACAACAAGGAUAUGGAUAGCCUCAUAAAGGUGCUGGACGACAUAACCCUAGUGAUGAUACCAAAGUGCGAAGAGCAAUACAACCGAGUCAUCGGCAUUUAUGGAAAACCUUCAUUUCUCACUCGGUACUGGGCACCUCUGACUUUGCUUUACUUUGGUGGAAAUGUGGCUGUAAAAUAUGUUUCGAGACAGCAGGACAAUAUCAAGAUCUGGAUGAAUGAAGCUGUUGAUACGGCUCAAGAUUUUGCCAUUCAUUGGCUUUGGGAACCUAUGCUGAAAGUAUGGGAUACCAUUCGCAUGAAAGACCAGCAAUUGGCGCUUUUGAGCAAAGAAGGAUUGAGAAGCGAUAUGGAGUCUCUUGAACGAAUGGUCGCUGAGUUUGGACGGGAUCACUAUCAUUUUACAGAAGAACAGGUUGCUCAAUUAUCCAGCCAAGUUCGUGAAGGUGACCUAUCGUCAGUCCUCAAGGCCUAUGAGGAAGCGAUCAAGAGCCCUGUUAAAAAUGCUAUUCGCGGUGACCUUAUUCGUACACUUUUAAUUCAAGUCCAGAAAACAAAAGUGGACGUAGAUCUCGCCAUGGCUGCUCUUGACAAACUGCUCAAGUCCAACGAGCUUAAUUUUGCCUUCUUAGCUGUGGCACCUUCAAUGAUCUUGUUGUGGGCCGUUGGAGCGUGGAUUAAAGGAACUUGGGAAAAGAGAACAGGAGUGCAAGUUGGAAAACUCGGUACACCCAUGCGAGACUCCCUCCGAGAGGUAGAGCGGGUCCUCAAUCAAGCGGAUACCAGGAACAAGGAUAAAUCUGGCAACGGACUCAAGCUAUCAUGCGAGCAACAAGGACUCGUGCUAUGUGAAGUUCAUUUAUUGAGAUCUUAUGCACGCCGAUUGCCUCAGCGUAAUUGCAUCCGAGAAAAGUUCAUCGAAGAUUUACGUGAGUUAGAAAAUCCUAACUACAAUCUGGAACAGCGAUUUAGAACCAUUCAGCGUAUGGCACGUACUUGGGGAUUUCUUACUGCCUCCCAGCGUCUUUGAUGUAACAACAGUUAGAACAAAAGAAACAAAAUAAACCACUUUAAAAAGUGAUUGAGUUAAAUUCCAUGAA